ACUACUGUUACAUCCGAUCCGAUAUGUUCAUGAUGUAACUCAACUUGCUAUAUAAACAACGUUAGACAGACAUCUUUCUCCACACCACCACAAAACAUUCUUUCAUCGAAGCACUAUUUCUCGAUGGCGUGGGCAUUGGCAUUGAUGAUUUUAUUUGGAACAUAUGGAGCAGGCGCAACAGUGUUCACGAUCGUCAAUAAUUGCGCAUACACCGUUUGGCCCGGAACCUUAUCUGGCAAUGGAGGCACUGUGUUGGGCGACGGAGGCUUUGCUCUACCCCCCGGGAAGUCCGUGCCCUUCACCACUUCUGCCGGGUGGUCCGGCCGCAUAUGGGGGCGAACGGACUGUAAAUUCGAUGACACAGGUAAAGGAUCGUGCAUCACUGGCGACUGCGCCAACACUUUGAAGUGCGACCAUGCGAGCGGGGUUCCUCCUGCAACUCUGGCGGAGUUAACUCUGGGCGACAAGGAUUUCUAUGACGUCAGCCUGGUGGACGGUUACAACCUUCCGCUCACCGUCACCCCCGUGGGAGGCACGGGCGUGUGCAAAACGGCAGGGUGUGUAAGCGAUCUGAGGGCCAGCUGCCCCGCCGAGCUCAGUAUUAAAAACGAGGGGCAGGUGACUGCGUGUAAGAGCGCUUGUCUUGCAUUUGGGACGCCCGAAUAUUGUUGCACGGGCGAGCACGCUAACCCACAGACGUGCUCACCCAGUAAGUAUUCCAAGGAGUUUAAGAAAGCUUGUCCUUACGCCUAUACCUAUGCUUUCGAUGAUCCCUCUAGUCUUUACACUUGUUCAGGUGCCAAUUAUAUCAUUACUUUCUGCCCCACAAGUUACUAGAAUUGAAGAUCUGGGCGGUGAAGAAUCGAUAUCGCCUCUCCAGGAUGAUUCUUCCGUCGACAGAUGUAGUGUUCAAUGUUAUGAUGCUUGAACCAUAUAUAGCUACUAUCUUUCUUUAGUUGUUGAUCCGGUAAACUGAAGUUUCUUCUGCUUAGAAUCCAUAGUGUGUAAGGGUGAGAAAGUCCUCAACUCAUUAGGACGCCAAAUAGUCGUCCACAUGCAUAUGAUAUUGUGAUAUUACGUGUUUGAUAUUUGUAUCGGUUUUCUUACCUAAUAAAAUAAUUUACAGUUUUCUA